AACAGAACGUGGGCACUAAGACAUCAAUCUGAGUCAUCAUCAUCACAAGCACGAUACAAAAACUCAAUCACAUCCAAACAAUCACACUAACAACAGGGUAUCUGAUGGCGAUGGCAUUAAAAUGAUGAUGGUACAAUUGGGCCGGUCCUGUGCUUCAAAUCACGUAAGCAGAAAUAGCUGUGACCAAUGUCUUAGUUAAACAAAAAUUAUCCUACAAUUGUCUCGAGAUAUAUAUAUAUAUAUAUAUUGUUAACAAGAGAUAUUUUAAAAUUAAAAAGUAUUUUUGUGACACUAUAACAAGGAAUAGUUUAGUAGAGGAUAUUGUAUUAAUUUGUUGUUAUUAGAAACCUAAUUGAGAUAUAAAAGAUAGGAACAUAAUCAUGUUCGAAAUCACUAAUCACGAAUAAUAAUUGAUAAUAAUGUGAUAAUAACAAUAAUUGAUAUAUAAAUAGAAAAUAUACUUCAGACUACUUUCCCUCCAAAAAAAAACCCUAAUCCGCCAAUUCUUCCCUCCCUUUUCCCCCGACGCUUCAAAUCCCCACAACUUCUCUCCCCACCAAAAUCUCACUCAAAAUCAUGAACUCGAUGCGCUCAAUAAUUAUCAUGGCGAUGAGAUCCCGCCUCUUCCCAAUCCCCUCUUCCUUCCACUCCCCGCCUCCCCACCUCCUCCCCUUGAUACAAUCCUCGCCAUUACUCAGGUCCAGGGCUCAGCCGCUGCCCCUCUGCCUUGCUCGAUCCCCAUUCCGUUCUUCUAGUUCGUGCCCCGCCGUCGCCAUCCUCGGCGCCCACGAUCCGUUGCCGAUGGAGUCACGGUCGCCGUUCGGCGAGAUUCACGUGAUCCUGGGCCCCAUGUUCGCCGGAAAGGCCACCGCCCUCCUCCGCAGGAUGCAGGACGAGGUGGACUGCGGAAGAUAUGUGUUGAUGGUUAAAUCUGACAAGGAUACAAGGUAUGGAUUGGAUUCCGUGGUCACACACGAUGGGAUGAAAAUGCCAUGCUUUGCUCUUUCGGAGCUUUCGUCGUUCCGAGAUAAAUUAGGAACUGAAGCCUAUGAUAAGUUGAACGUGAUAGGAAUUGACGAAGCCCAAUUCUUUCAAGAUCUCUAUGACUUCUGCUGCAAUGCAGCAGAUCAUGACGGGAAGAUUGUCGUCGUUGCAGGCCUGGAUGGCGACUACUUAAGAAAGAGUUUUGGCUCGGUGCUUGAUAUCGUUCCGCUAGCUGAUUCUGUGACUAAGCUGACGGCAUGGUGUGAGAUUUGUGGUAGGCGGGCUUUCUUCACCCUCAGGAAGACCAAUGAAACACAAACUGAGCUCAUUGGUGGAGCUGAUGUUUACAUGCCUGUCUGUAGAGAGCACUAUGUCGAUGGGCAGGUUGCUAUUGAAGCUACAAGGACUAUAUUGGCUGUCCGGAGUUCAACCCUGGCUCAAAGUGAAGUCAUGUGAGUUGCUUAGAUUUAGCAAUCGCUAUAUGUAUGGUUGGAUUGUCAAGAUUGUAACAUCUCAAAUUGCUGCUCAGUGCACACUACAACUGUGGCAGAAUUUAAGGGUAGAAAUAGUAACACCUAUAAAAGUGUUAGCUUGCUCGAUUUGAUUUAAUUCUUGUUGACCUUUUAUCAAACACCUUAAAGCCACAAGCAUUUGUGUUAGUGAUCUCCAGCCAGAGUAGCUAGGAAAAUUCUUAAGACAGUUCGUAAUAGUGAGUCCAUGUUUCGGAGGUCACGCGACCGCGUGUCACGUGUAUCUCGUGUGUCUUUCGUUGGGCUUCGCGUAGGGCUGUAACGGUGAUUUCGGGGGAUCACGAGCCAGCCGUCGAUUUCAAAAAUCCCGACAGUGGUAUUUUGGUUAUUUUAGUAGCGCAUCUAAUUG